UUUGCGAGGUGGGAGCUGAGCCGCACACUGCGCAUGCUCCAGCCGCGGCGCCCCCGACUCCGCACUCGGCUGGAUUCGGGCAUUUCCGCCUCUUUGUUUUAAACUCUGCACGGCUUUUUUCUCCUCCUCUUGGGGGGGACCCAGAGGGAGCGGCGCCCCCUCCCCCUCCCGGCGAGCCCCCGCGUGCGCCCGCUCGCCCGCCGCCCGAGACGCAGACUUCACAAUGUAGCCCCGAUUCCAGGCUAUCAUUCACAGUGCCAUUUUUGUGCUAGAAAAUGGAAAAGGAACAAGGGACAGAAAGAAGGUGCAGAAGCCAGCCAGAACUCAGAGUAAGGAGGGAUCAUCGCAUCCACUUGGUGGCCUGAAGCCUCCAUGCCACCGGGUGAGGAAGGACUCACAGACAUCCAGAGGAGAAGCCAAAGAUGUUGACCAGGAAGAUUAAACUCUGGGACAUAAACGCCCACAUCACUUGCCGCCUGUGCAGCGGCUACCUCAUUGAUGCAACUACAGUGACUGAGUGCUUGCACACAUUCUGCAGGAGCUGCCUGGUGAAAUAUCUGGAGGAGAAUAAUACCUGCCCCACUUGCAGGAUCGUGAUCCAUCAGAGCCACCCACUACAGUAUAUUGGUCAUGACAGAACCAUGCAGGACAUUGUUUACAAGCUGGUGCCAGGCCUCCAGGAAGCGGAAAUGAGGAAACAGAGGGAAUUCUAUCACAAACUGGGCAUGGAGGUACCAGGUGACAUCAAGGGGGAGGCGUGCUCAGCAAAACAGCACUUAGAUCCCCGCAAUGGUGAAACCAAAGCAGACGACAGUUCCAAUAAAGAGACAGCAGAAGAGAAGCAGGAGGAGGACAACGAUUACCACAGGAGUGACGAGCAGGUGAGCAUCUGUCUGGAAUGCAAUAGCAGCAAACUACGGGGCCUGAAGCGCAAGUGGAUCCGAUGCUCAGCCCAAGCAACAGUGCUGCACCUGAAGAAAUUCAUCGCCAAGAAGCUCAAUCUCUCCUCCUUCAAUGAGCUGGACAUUUUAUGCAACGAAGAGAUCCUGGGCAAGGACCACACUCUCAAGUUCGUGGUUGUUACAAGGUGGAGAUUCAAGAAGGCACCCCUCCUGCUACACUACAGACCCAAGAUGGACUUGCUGUAAGCCCAGCCAGACUCAGCCCACACCCAACGCUCUACACGGCAAAAUGUGUCGUGGAAUGUUGCCUCUGGGUGCCAUGUGGACCAGAUUUCUGAAUAGAGAAUAUUUAUAACUUUUGUAUGAGAGAAUCCACUCCCAACAAGACACUACCAGCACGCGUUUACAGAGGAUGAAAACACUUCGCAGUUUGCUCGUCUCUGCUUCAGGUCUGCAGGCCAGAGAAUAAGUGAAAUGGUGGCACGUUCCCACACCGCGUCUGACAUCAGCGCCUCUGCUUGCUUUCCAGGCCUUGAGAAUCUGAGUUCGCUUUGGUUUAAUUCGUGGAUUAGGUUUCAUGAUAAGCCUCAAAAAUACUUGUACUUUCAUUAAGUCCUUCCUAAGUUAUUGAAAGUCUUUUCAUGGUAUAUAUUUAUGUUGCCUUUAGCUUCCUGAAGACUUAAGAUAUAUAUAAAAAUUUAAUUUAAAGCGUACCCAAAGAGGCUUGCAGUAAUACUAUUAUUUAAUUUCCCAUCUUCUAGAGUAUGGCAGAGGCCCAUUCCCAAGUUUAAGUCUUGUACUGUGCAUCCUGGGAUGAUGGCCUGUGCUGGCCGGGCAAGGCAGGACCCUUCAUGACUCCCCGGUGUCAUGUGGCUACACUUCCGGCCCCCUCGGCAAGGCAAACGAGGUGAUCUGCCCGUGCAGCACUGGCUUUUUGAAAAGUUCUUGAAAUACUUUUCCUUGGAAAGGCCAUCACUGAAGGUCCUGCCUUUCCCUUUUUGUUUUCCUUCUGCUGGCAAGAUGUGGUGGUGGCUGUUUGUCGCUAUCAGACAGCACAAGCCAUCCCUGGGGAGACCUUGUAAAGACACUUGGGAGGUGGCCUCUAGCCUCCAUGUUCCUGGUAGUGGGUAUUUCCAGGCUUGCCUUCCUGCUCAUGGGGUUAACAUGCAUUCUUUGGGUCCCUUUUUCAUGCAAGGUAACUGAGCAACCUGUUAAGCAGAAGUUGCUUUUUUGGUCACAGACAGGAUACUAUUUGGUAAUCUCCCCUUUCACGUGUAAUUUUUGUUGUUGUUGUUGGGUUAAAGAUUGAGAUGCCAGCAUAUCCAACUUUAUCCCCUAAGGGGUCUGAAGGCAAGACUACACAGGAGGGUGCUGUCCUGGGGUCCCAGGGACCCCCUCAGUCUGGGUGCCCUCUGACCUCUCCCACUUCCUGCCCUUCCAGGCCCCAUGGGAACUGUAGGACCCUAUAAUCCUAGAAGUACCUCUGCUCUUGGUGGGCAGAUGAGGAUCUUAGUGUCCCUUAGGCCAGGCUUUCUGAGUCUUCGCUUUAGCAAUUGGAAUUUUUCCUGAAUUUGCUUUGAGAGUUGAGAUUGGGUUUAUCAACACCCACUUUUUCUUCUACUUCCUCUUUCACUUACACAGUGUCAGAAGCAGCGACUUGUGAGACCUAAUGUUACUAAGGAUAAAACAUCCAAAUUAACUGAAUCUUUAAUGUAUGCCCUUCUAAAAUAAAAGCAAGCUCUUUGUUUGGAAUUGAUCAAAAUUCACCUCUCUAUUUAAGCCCAGGACUGUUUGGAUCAUUCAGUUUCCUGAGUUUGCUAUUCAUCCAAAUCAUUUCUAGAGUUACUACACAAGGGUUUAUGCGUAAAUAUUACCUGUCUACCUCAGAACACAAGUGCUGCUAAAGCAUUCUGCAAGACCGUGUUCUCACAAUGCAGUUACGUUAGAAUUUAGGUAUUUUCCCAUGUGGUGAAAUUAAAGAAGAGUUAAACAGUUAGAAGCCUCCAAAUUAAAAUAAAGUUAAUUUACAGUUCAGAUCAAACUUAGUAUGGCUGUAUAAUCUCAUGAUAUAUAUUUGUAACUUUGUAGCUACUUUUAGAAUCACUUGACUUUGCUAUGGUGCUAAGUUGAUAGAUCUAAGUAUUCAGCGAGGCGGACAUGGCAACUGAUGUCCUAGCCGGGCGCCACUGCCCCAACAGCUCUGCUUCAGUCACCACGUUAACCUGAUAAACCUCAGCAGCAAAAAUACCUAUUUUUCUAAGAUUCCAUCACGCGCCUGUCUCACUGCAGACAGCUUCCCAAUGCCCUUCUGCCCUUUGGUCUGACCUGUAGCCUUACCUCGCUCAUAGAUAAAGCAGAGUGAGCUUGCGUCAGAUGGAAGUUUCCGGGCGCCUUGUUUCACUCCUGCCAAGCUCCAUGUGACAUCCAAGGCCGAAAUUUUAUUUUUCCAGCAUGAACAGUAGGAUCAGUUAGUGAUUGGUCCUGUCCAGCUUUCUCAGCAGGCGGAGCUCCUGUGAAGUUGUUUUCAUAGCUGCCGAUGCUAGAAAUCGGGUGCGUCCAACCGGCAGCCCCGGGACCAGCCUCCCAGCACGUGGUCUCGCUCAGUACCAUUUUCACGAAAAUAGAAAACUCAGAUAGAAUAUAUAAUAUUGAAUUUAAGACUUGGGGGGUUAAAAAAAGAAAACUUAACUUUAUAAAAUUAUUUAUUCUAUUUUAAGCCUUCUAUCAUAUUUUCCCAUCCAGUUGUUUGGUUUCCGUGGUCCAGCUUUAUUUACAGGCAUAUAAGAUAAAAUUGUGAGAUGUUUUGCAAGCUUCUUUUACUUUUUUGUAGCCUUUGGUUUGUAUGUUUUUUAUAGGGAUGAAGAGCAU